AUGGAUUCUCUGUACUCGAUCGUCGUGGGCGGAAUCAACUCCCUUGCUGCACACGAGCGCAGUGCUCUUCGGCCCAUCUUCGGGGCCAUCCUCGCUAUCAAAACACUCUGUAAUCUCCAGGUCGAUGGUGAUCUGCAUCACCCCCUCUACCACAAGUCAGAAGAUGAACAGUUCGAAAUCCACGCACCCCUCACCUAUUUCAGUCACGUUCUCGAUGAGUUCCGUCCCCAAUGUCGAGGGCACAUUUCUGAAACUCUGCUCCUCAAAUAUUUAAUCCUACCUCUAUGCAAGAACAUGGAGUCCCUGGAGCUCCCGGUAGAGAGUGCGCCGCUGCAGGAGAUGGGCGACCAUGACUGGUCACAACUUCGCUCUCUCAAGCUCUACGGCUUUCCUCCCUCCGCCACCGCUCUCGGCUGCCCCCUCCUCGGGACGCUCGUACGCAUGCCGCACCUCCGCUCCCUCAGCCUCCAGUUUCAUGUACCGCCAAGCGGUGAUGUGGAGCCCAUCUGGCCUCCGAAGUGGGCGGAUGCCCCUUUCCCCUGGCCAGAGCUUGAAGAGCUCUUCAUCACCAACCCCAUCCCAGAAGACGGCCUCUGGUCGCGCCUCCCUCCGACCCUCCGCACCCUCUCGAUGCGAGAAUGGCCACCCAGGUGGGACCACGACCAUUUCCGCGAGAGGGUUAGAGAUGACGAGGAGAAGCAAUCGGAAUAUCAAGCGAGGGACACGGCCCUCUCAACCGCGGCGCUGUGUCGGAUCCUCCGCCAAUGCCGCCUUCCGUCGCUCACCUCGCUCGGGCUCGGCUAUACUGUCUACUCCGGAGACGGCGAAUUGGUGACCUACGUCGGGAGCGCGUUUCCCCUCCUCCGCGUCCUCGGCCUCUAUCGGCUGCCGAUCCACGGAUCGGAGUGUCAGUCGACGGAUGCCCUGACGGGGCUUGCACGUCAGCUCCUUCCACUUCGGUUCUUGCAUACGCUCAUCAUGCACGUCGACCAAACAGAGAAGUCUAUCGCAGGGCUUAUGGACUGGUGCAUGGUGGGCGGCUGGGAGCCGCAGCGAUUGGACUUUGUCACAGACGUUUUUGAGCGCGAGUUGCCCAGCAUCCGACAGAUGGCUAUCCUCUUGACGGACGAAUACGACAGCUCUUCGUCCACGGUGACGUAG